AUGGUGUUAUUUUGCUAUUUGAGAGGAAAUUCCUUUCCUCCGACCUACACAAUUGCUGAUUCCACCGUGGGAGUAGACUUGGGUACGGGCCUUGCCAUCAGCAAAUGCUUCGUCAUUCGUCCGUUAACUGUUCUUGAAUUGAGAGGCCAAAAGUUGGAGCUCCGCCUUCUCGAUAUUGCUCAAAGUAAGGGAAACAUGAUGAGGAUUGGGGAUGAUAACGAGGCACAUGCUAUUGCAAAAAACCAUGCUUGGAUUGUGCAUCUUUGUCUUUUUGGAAAUAAGAUGAUAAAUUUAGGUCUGCUAGCUGUCCUUGAUGGUUGUACUGACCUGGAAUCACUAGACAUCCAGAAGUGUCUUGGAAUUAAUCUUGGCAUCGAUUUACACAAGAGAUCAUGUCAGCAACUUAAAUCUCUCAGAAUUCCCAAUGACACCCCCUUGGAAGAUCAUUAUGAUGAGGACUUAAAUGACACAGAUUCGCGUGAUGGCUAUCCUAAGUCGAUUUCAUGGAAGGGGGAUGUUGAGCUGCCUCUUCCUCUUCCGACUGGUUUUGGAGGCCAGCAGUGCUCAAUCGUCUUUGGAGAUCUGGCUGAAAAGACUUUGCAACUGCAUCCUGCAGAAGUGAAGAAAUUCAACUCCCAAGUUUUGAGUGACCGUGAGAAAAGGGCUAUCUACGAUGAGUACGGUGAAGAAGGCUUGAAAGGGCAAGUGCCGUCUCCAGGCAGAUGCAUUUAUGACAGACUGACAAUACGAAAUGCUGAUACUCCAAAUGGAACUGCUAAUCUUAUGGAUCCAACUCCAACACCUGAGAAGCGCCAAAAGUCGCAUCAAAAGAUGACUAUCCGUACUGAUGCUAGAAAUAUGGUGAAGACUACUCAAUUGUGCUAA